CUGACCAAAAAACUUGGACCUCGCGCGGUGCGAGCAGUGCCAAGCAGCGGGGCAGCAGGAGACAGGCACAUCGAAGAAGGCAGUGCAGCGCCAUCUCUCGCCUAGCGACAGAGCUCCGGAGUUUUUAUUCCGACUCGGGCCGCCGACACCGGGACCCAUUCGAACCGCCGACGCCGCCUCUGAGAAGCUGUCAUUGACAGAGAAACAGGGAGGAACACGCAGCGACUCUUCAUUGUUGUUCCCCGUCAGCAACAGCAGCCGUCGCCAUGUUGAACGCCCGCGCGUGGGCCGUCGCCCUGCUGGCCCUGCUUGUGCUGAGCGUCACCUCAGCGGCCAAGGGCACGCCGCAGUUCGUGCCCAACGGACGGUACGGCCGCCGGAGCGUCACGCCGCCUCUGGCUGGUGUAUCCAGAGACCUGACGGUGAACUUCUUCGGAGACUCGAGCAUAUCCUGCACCUACACGGGAUUCGCGGACAUCUACAGGUGUUCCAGGAAAGCUUCCGAGGAUUACAAGGACACGUCGUUCGAGUGAAAGCGACCACCGGCCGACCCCUCUAGCGGCGGCGACACACGACUUCUCCACGAUCUUUCUCGCUACAAUGAGAAAGCGCAAGAAGACAUGACGAAGGAAAACGGCAUCACACCCAAUUUUUUUCGACCGGUCCUGCCUACUUUCUUUUAGCUAAGACAACGUAUAGUAAACCACGAGGUGCUAAGCAACGAGACAUCCUGUUAAGAAAAGCAAGUUACAUUCGUUCCUCCUAGCCUAUCUGUAAAACGAGGCAAUACCCAAUAAGCUUGACUGUGAGAAUUAUUCCGAGCUCGCGAACAAUGAAAACUGGAGGAUAUUUGUGCGAACAAAUAUUAAUGCGCAUAGUGAAAGUAUCGCUGUGCGCAUUUAGAUACUGUUCAUAUCCCAUUUACUUCAUUUUCGAUCGGACCGCACCAUCCAGUGCUGAAAUAAACGACUGUACAUUCACGUUUGACGCGUGGUUUGUCAUCGGCUUCUUGAUUGCCUGUAUGAUAGCCUAACCUCUCACAGUGCACAAUCCACGCUUCUGUAAUCACAGAGGACCUCCCCGGAUGAGCCAAGGAGUUAGCCGGCAGAGGCUCACCAAGCGGCUGCGCUGCGUCUCGAACACUGUUCGGCCGAAGGUCCCCGUAAAAUUGUUUCAUGCAAAUUGGGCUGCUCGUUUCGCAGCGAGUGUCCCGCUUGGCUCUAAGUCUGUGCCGCCUUGUUCCUGAAUCGGGCGCUCCUUCACCGAGAACUUCGCGAGUUAUUUCGUCCAAGCAUGCGCGCCUUUGUCAUCCAAGCCUUUCAGACCUCUUUUUUUUUUCGUAAUCCUCUUAGAAAACGCUUCGAAUUAUGUAGCCGCAAACCUAGGCGGGCUGAGGACUCGUCCAGUCGUGAAGCGCAACAACCUCGAACGUCCGGAUUCUAACGGCGCCAUCAACAUUUGAAAGUUCAGAGUGAAAUCACUAGUCUCUAGAGCUUAAGCUUCUUACCUGAGCUCGCCAAAUAUAGCGUUAGUAAAGCUUUACACCGACAGCACCGGCCCAUACCGACUAUCAAUUAACGCAUUUUAAGACUUUUUUUCACCGGAUAGCGGGUGUUUUCGCGAAAGCUCGGGGCUCUUCGAGCGAUGACGGUGCAAUAUCGCAUUGCUCAGGCUAUAUGUACAUCGCCGAAAUUGUUAAUUUCGACAAGAGAGUUUCGAUUUGCAUGGGAGAGGAUUGUGAAAAAGAAUAGACGCGUGGAGGUUCGGUGAUCACAGCAUCUUUAAUCGGCAUAACCUCCCUUAUUCCGUGGAGAACUGCGCUUCCCUUACCCAGCGACUCUCCGUUGUCACUCGAGCCCCAUUGCCGUUUUUAUUAAUUUAGCCUACGACCUAUGCGCUUUGCUUAACUUUGCCUUGGCGUUUCUUCUUUUUUUCUUUUUUUCAGCUGAUCUCGCACAAAGCACAAGCUAUAGGUUCGAGGACUCUUUUACCACGCGUCAAACGUGAAGGCGAUUGAAUUCAUUUGUGUCGCCGACAAGCUUUAUUAUAGAGCAAAGCGAAGUAACCCUAAGUCCCUGAGUGCGAUGAGCCCUGCUUCCCAUCUUUCCUCUAUAUAGUCAGGGCGCACAACUGCGAGACAAUCCCCUAAGACGCGGCUUCUCCGAAACGUGACGGCAUCUUUAUCUUCUCGUGCUGGGACACCGUUCAAGCUGGAUGAUAUUCUGUAUUAAAUAAAAGUGACGCGUAUAUUCCAACCUGC